AUGGAGAAGAGCAUCAAUAUUAUUGUAAAUCCUGUAACGGACAACAUGGAAAUUACCCUUUCAAACGUAGACGAGGUCUGGAUGAAGACUUAUUUGAAAUUCUUCUUCAUUUACGUCGAUGACAUCCGACUCGAAUCCGAGCUGGAGAAACUUGGAGAAGAGCGAGCAGAAAGCGUGACAGUCAUUGCCGAGCUGACGAAAGAAGACUGUCUCGCAGCGGAAGAAAAGGCCAGCGAAAGUCUCGCGGAUCGACAGGACUUGAGAAACGUCAACUUGCCAAUUUUGCAUUCGAAGAUUUUCUACUACCCCGACGAGCUGGCGGCUUUUGAUGAUGAUGAACGACAGGAUCUUCUUGAACAAAAUAAGAAAUUGAUGAAGUAUUUUAUUGAGCUUCUCACCAAUGCUAUAAAAGACGCCUUUAACGGGCUACAAAUCAAUAAUAUUGAAUAUACAGGGCUUCGACAAUCCAAGCCGACUUUCUCUAAUAAGGGAUACUCGGAGAAUUAUGGUAAAGGUCAGGUUUCUGAUAUCGUCAUAACACUCUACUCCGAUACUGAAACUGCCGACUUCGAGGGACUCUUCAACAAAACCGUUAACUCCUUCGGACCCGUGAUGGACAAGUUUAUCGCUGAAAACAACAUCACUUUUAUCAAACAAGAAGACGAAAUACAACAUAAAAUUCUACAAAUAAACCAACCACAAAGAACAAGACGUAGCGCGCCAGCAAUUGAUCGGAAGUUUAAAGCAACUGCGAUUAAAUUUACGGAACCGCAAACGAAAAGAAAGUAUGACGGGAUCAAAAAUGGAUUGAUAGCGGUGGUGACAUUUAUGACGUUCAUGUCGGUUUUGACGCUCUACGCGCAGCAGACCUUUCAGCCGCAUUGGUGGAAGCUUCUCAAGCUCGUCAUUCUAAUCGUUGGACUGUACACAAACUACAACAAGCUCAACGUCGCCAUUUCCUACGGCACAUCUGACGGCCUUCUCUACCAGCCCAACAUCUUCGUUCAAGGGUAUUUCUUCGCGAACCCUUUUCUCGGCCUCUUCGCCCUGGCAGUCAAGUGGGUGGUCGUUUUAACCUUCGAAAGCAAGGGAGCCCCGAUUAUGGUUCUUUUUCCGUUGACGAUGUGUAUUGUUGUUUUGCAAAGUUUGACGCUGGAGAUUCCUCAUUUAUUCGUCACCUACUUCUAUAUGACGAGAUUUAAGCCGCCAAACUUCGACAUCCGUAUUUCAGCUGUCAUCGAUGUUGUUCUUCAAGUAGUUCUUGCAUUGUUCAUCGCAUUCUCGCAGAUUUAUGAGUUCCGUAAAUUUGUGGGUACUAUUGAAUGGACCUCCUACGACCCAAAAGCCCUAAAAAUCGACGGAAUUCUCGACAAUGGUGACAUGGAAUUCCUUGCACGAAACAACAGCUACGGUGAACAAAAACGAAACAUCUCCGAUUUGGGGAACUUUGUCAGAAAGACUUUCAAUACGACUCUUUACCGACCGCGGGCGAACAAAUGCGUCUUGACAGAAAUUGGCGACGAUUAUAAAACAUCUUCUUAUCCAGAUCCUUUUUCGGCAAAUUGUUUGAAUGAUACGGAGAACUCUUUUAUGACAUUUUCGCUUAUGGGAAUUUGGACAAUUUUGAGCUUUUUCGUUUUUCUUCGAUACAGCUGGCCUUUUGUUUUGGAAUGGCACGGGAAAGAGAACUUCUUGCCCUUCAUUUGCGGCGAUAGAAGAGGAAAUAAACGAACAAUCGGCACAAAUGUGGCCGAAAGCGAUAUACAGAGGUCUUUCAUCAGGAUGGAAAACCUCGGAGUUUUGGAAAGAAUUUGGUUCGAAGUGAAAAAAGUGACAGUCGAGGACUUGCCGGAAAAUGAACGGCAAAUUGGUAAAAGAAUCGCCGAACGAGAAAUCUACGAAAACAAAGCAAAUAUUUUUUGGGAAACUUUCGACAGUCUUCAGAAAAAAGAAAAGAAACCGAGUUAUUUUUGGUCGUUUCUUGAGAUUCUUAGGGAAAACAUCGAUGAAAAUUUUUCUGGUACUUUUCGUCAAAUACCGCUAAGACGAAAGUUCAAAAAGUACGAAGAGAUUGAGGAAGAACAAGUCGAUUCUUCGCACCUUAUACCUCUCGAAUAUAUCGCGAAAAGACGAUUUGAUUCCGAAAAUGCAAUAUUCUUCAAAUCAUCAUCUCCAACAGAAAUCAUCGAAGUCGUUGGUCAUUCAAAAGUUGGCGAAAUUCAAAAAGCAAUUGGCGCCGUUGACCAAAAUGAGAUUCUAGCGAAGAUAACGAUCGAAGCAGAUCCAUACUGCUCGAUAAAAGAAGCUGGAACGAUGACUCCAAUUUUCAUUGAAAAGAGACAAGUUCAUCAGUCCUAUAUUAUCAGCGCUAUGCUAAUUGAGCCGUGA